AUGGCAGCCAGCCUGUGCCCGAAGCCUCACUUCGUGGUCAUCCCAUGGCCAGCCACCAGCCACAUGAUCCCCAUCGUCGACAUCGCCUGCCUCCUCGCCGGGCACGGCGCGCCGGUCACCGUCAUCACCACGCCCGCCAGCGCGCAGCUCGUCCAGGGCCGUGUGGAACGCGCCGGGCAAGGCUCCUCAGCGAGCGUCACGGUCACCGCGAUACCGUUCCCUGCCGCUGAGGCCGGCCUGCCGGAUGGCUGCGAGAGGCUCGACCACACCCCCUCGGUCGACCUCGUGCCCAACUUCUUCGACGCCACCACGCGAUUUGGCGACGCCGUGACGCGGCACUGCCGCGGCCUCAUGGUGACGCGCCGGCCGGACUGCAUCGUCGCCGGGAUGUGCAACACGUGGGCGCACGGCCUGGCGCGCGAGCUCGGCGCGCCCUGCUUCAUCUUCCACGGGUUCGGUGCGUUCGCUCUGCUGUGCUGCGAGUAUCUGAACACGCACAAGCCCCACGAGGCGGCCGCGUCGCUGGACGAGCUCUUCGACGUCCCGGUCCUGCCGCCUUUCGAGUUCAAGCUCGCCAGGAGGCAGCUGCCGCUGCAGUUCCUGCCUUCGUGCUCCAUCCCGGAGGUCCGACUCCGAGAGCUCCGGGAAUUCGAGAUGGCCGUGGACGGCAUCGUCGUGAACAGCUUCGAAGAGCUGGAACACGGCUCGGCCGCGCGCCUCGCGGCGGCCACGGGCAAGGCCGUGUUCGCCGUCGGCCCGGUCUCGCUUUGCGGCGCGCCUGGCCUCCUCGACUCGCGGGCCGACUCGGAUGACGCCAGGCGGUGCAUGGCGUGGCUGGACGCCAAGAAAGCCAGGUCCGUGCUUUACGUCAGCUUCGGCAGCGCCGGGCGCAUGCCACCAGAGCAGGUGAUGCAGCUCGGGAUGGCGCUCGUGUCGUGCCCCUGGCCUGUACUCUGGGUCAUCAAGGGUGCCGACUCAUUGCCUGACGACGUCAACGAGUGGUUACAGGACAACACCGAUGCCAAUGGCCUCCCGGCGAGCCAGUGCCUUGCAGUUCGAGGGUGGGCGCCGCAGGUUGCCAUCCUGGAGCACCCGGCCGUCGGUGGCUUCCUGACACACUGCGGGUGGGGAUCGACCCUGGAGAGCGUCGCCGCGGGUGUGCCCAUGGCCACCUGGCCGUUCACCGCCGAGCAGUUCUUGAACGAGAAGCUCAUCGUCGACGUGAUUCGGAUCGGUGUGUCCGUCGGCGUGACCAAGCCCACGGAGGGCGUGCUGACCGGUGUCAAAAGCGGCGGCGGCGGCAAGGCGAAGGCAGAUGUGGGAACGGAACAGGUGAAGCAGGUAUUGGAUAUGCUGAUGGAUGGAGGAGUGGAUGGGGAGGCUAGGAGGGCGAAAGCUGAAGAGCUGAAGGCCAAAGCAAAGGCUGCUUUGGAGCACGGGGGAUCGUCGCAUAUGAAUCUCGAGAAGCUGAUACAGUUUGCUGGUUGAAAAUGGACCAGUUUCAGCUCGUGAACCAGUUGAUUUCUGCGUAAUAGUUUACAUCGUUUUCAUCUUAAAUGU